AGUUUUAGCUUUUUGGUUCAAUAUAUGUGGGGCCCCAUGCGAUCGCUGCUGCCAUUCUCAUUCUUCGCGCUGCCGUGCGCUGCACCAACCACAGUGCGAGUCGCCGGUUCUUCCACUGUUUUUCCGGUUGUCAAUGCAUGGGCAGAAGCUAUGAACUUGAGCAGCGAGGAAAUCCGCAUUGCGGGAGGAGGGUCAAGCGCGGGAGCGCGACGAGUCUGCCUUCCCCGCGACGACCCUGAACAUGUGGACAUUGGAGACAUGUCUCGAGAGUGGAAAAACUCUGAGGCGCUUCUCUUGGAUGAUGCCUACACUUGGGAAUGCGUGGGUUCGAAGAAUCGUGUCACGCAGAUUGAGGUGGGUGUGGAUGGUUUGGCUGUGGUGGUUGGCAAAAACACCAUAGCCCACGAUUGUCUGACCAGUCCGGAAGUUGGCGGACUAACACUUGCCAUGCUUCAUUGGAUCUACUCGAACUGGACUAAUGAUCAGCUGGCAGACUAUGGCCUGAAUAUGGCAUCUGUCAUUCACAAUGAUGAUGGUGACAAUGUCAAGGAGUGGAGUGACAUCUCGUCUCAAUGUGAUGAAGUCCCCAUCAACGCGUAUGGCCCAGGCUCGGACUCAGGAACCUUCGACUUCUUUGCAGAGACGGCGUUGUGCAAAGAUUGCCUCGCAGGCAAGCCUGGCUACAGGAGGGAGGAUUUCAAUUGGUGCCCGGACAAUGACCAGCAUGCAUUGGAGCAUGCGUCGGCGCUCAAGACCUACAUGGCGAAUGGCAGGCCUCCAAACUGCUAUAUGGCUUCCGAGUCGGACUACCAGCUUGUUCAGUGGUUAACUGCUGACCCUGGUGGUAUUUCAUAUUUUGGCUAUGCGUACUACUCGAUUUUUGCCGGUGAGCUGUCCACUGUUCGAAUUGCAAGUGAUAGGUUCCUCGGGGUGCAGGAGACGGCGGAUGCAAAAGUUGAGCCUUCCACUUACACCAUCACGGAUGGCUCAUAUAGUGUUUUCAAACGAAAGCUCUACGUGAAUGUAGACAACACGGCUUGGGACUACGUGCAUCCAUUCCUUGCCUUCGGUUUUAGCUCGCCAGGGCAGGCACUGGUGUCAAGUGUGGGAUACAUUCGAACAAAUGUAGCACGGUUGGCGAAGAUGAGAGCGCGAAUCGCAGAGAGGGGCAAUGACGAGGCAGACUAUGUCUCCAUCAAGCCAGACACUUGCCCUCUGGGCACGGAGCUCUCAGCUGUGCCAUACGUGAAUCAAUUUGGAAAUCCGAAGACAAGCUACAAUUGUACCUUGUGUCCCUUGGGCAAGUUCAAGUUCUUGGACACUCCGACGCCUUGCACCUCAUGCGAGGGAGGAAAAUACACGGAUGUAGUGGGGCAAACGGCCUGCCAGAGGUGCCAGGUUGGCUUUGAGGCGGUUGAUGGCUUGUUCUGCCGUGCCUGUCAGCCUGGUUUCUACAAGAAGGAGACAGCAGCAGCUUCUUGUUCCCCUUGUAGCGCUGGCUCGUUCAGCAAUCAAUCAGCGCAGUCGGAUUGCUUGUACUGCCCUCCUGGCCACUUCUCUCUGCAGGGCUCGACCACAUGCGCACCAUGCCCAAUCAACGAGAUGGCGUCAUUUCCGGGCACGACGCAAUGCGCGCAAUGUGGUGAAGGAUUCUUUACGACCCAAGAAGCCUCAACAAGUUGCUCAAGAUGUGGAAGUGGAAGAUACAGGUCCAAUGAAUCGGCAUGCCUGCAGUGCCCCGGCCGGAUGACAACGCAAUAUUUGGCAGCCACCACCAUAUCAGAUUGCGUUUGCCCAGAGGGCACGGUUUUCAAUGGGGAUGGUCGGCCAGGUGCGGGCGCUUGUGAAAACUGUAUGGAAGGCUUAGAUUGUAUCUUGGGCAGUGACCUACGCAACUACGAGAGUUUUCUUGUUGGAUCGGAUAAGGAGCUGACCUUCCCGAGGUUGAUUCCAGGCUACAUUUCAUAUCCGAGUGAGCCUACGCAGGUGUACAAGUGCGGGAAGAACAGUCACUGUCCAGGCGGCGUUCCAGGAACGUGCGCUAGAGGGCGCAUUGGCUUGGCUUGUGCGCGAUGCCAAGCGGGUCAGAAGUUUGGUGUGGACCACUGCAAGGAUUGCGAGCCCUUCGACCUGCUAUCCUUUGUUGCAUCCAGCAUUGUCACGGGCUGUGCGCUUCCCAUGUUCUACUACUUCAUGAACUCCCCGAUGACUGCGAAGGCUUCAACCAUCCUAAGCACAACCAUGGCUUUCGGCAUGACUUUGACGCUUCUUCAAACCAUCGGCCUGGUUGGAUUAGUCUCUCUUGACUGGCCAUCCUACAUGCAGCCCUUGAUGGACUUCGUGUCUAUUUUCAUGCUGGAUUUGGAAUCGCUGAACUUUGAUUGCCUAGGUUUCUCCUCGGCAGUCCGGUACUGCAUUAGUGUUGCUUGCUGGCCAGGUGCUCUACUUUGGCUGGUUGCCUGCAGUGUAGUUUCACAAUUGGGCCCCAGGCGUUUUCGUUUCGCUGUGGCAAAGUUGCUGAGCACCAUCGGCCAGGUCUUUCAGAUUGGCUUCACAAUUAUGUCCAAGACCGCGCUCAUGCCUUUCAUGUGCUUCUCGCAUCCCAAUGGCAAAUCCAGCGUAUUAAGGUUCACAGAUGUAAUAUGCUGGGAGGGAGGUGAGCAUUCUACCAUGGCUGUGUUUGGAGGCCUCAUGACCGCCAUUAUGGCGAUGUUUUGGGCCAUUUUGCUGUGGGCUGUGCUGCAGGCCCCAAGAAGAUCUACGCAGGGGGAUGCCUUCUUUCUGCAAGCCACGCGCUUCUUGUUCUUCCGCUUCCGGGGUGACUACUGGUGGUACGGCGCGUGGUUCAUCCUGCGGGGGCCUUUGCUUUCCUUGCCGGUUGUCGUGUUCACCGAUGUUCCAGCGAUGCAGCUAUUGACAAUGACUGCGGUCCUUAUGGUUUACAUGGUGAUUCAACUUGUGGCUUGGCCAUGGAAAACCCCUCUCAUCAAUGUUGCCGAUGGAGCUAUGAGUAUGAUGAUGAUUCUGCUGCUCUUCAUAGGUUCAGCGUUCUUGGAUCGCUUGAGAGAUGGAGAAAUGCAGACAUAUUCGGUGCUUGCAAUGGGCGUCCUUGGCAUGCUAUACUCGGUUGCCUUUGUUCUACUGUGCCUUGUGGGUCUGGCAUUUAUUUCAAGAUCUGCCAUGGGCUCCAAGGACGAGCUCAGCAUUCUGACCCUUGGCAAGCCUCCAAGCAACUCCAUGCUGAUGAACGCGCUCGAUGCGUUUUGUCUGUCCUUUGGACAAGCAGACCGCAAGUUUCUUGAGCAUACCAUAGAUGAGCUCAGCGCCUAUGACAGGCGGAAGCUGGCUGCAGUCCUCACCACCCUGGCCCCAUACUUCGAUGAGGGUCGGAUGCACCUGGCACAUCAGCUCUCCGUGAGCACCACAUCUUACAAUGGCCCGAGGAAGUCCUUGGCCCGAAUGUCCACCUCGACCAGCACACUGCUUGAGCUUGAAGAGACCAAGCAAAAGGCCGAGAUGCUUGCAGUGGCGGGGAGAGAGGAACCGAGAGUCGAGGAGCCGGUUCCCUUGAUUGAGCCCCGUAGCCUAGAGCCGCCGCCGACACAGGCGAACAACCUGCUGGAUAUAUACAGUCAAAUCUCCAGCAUGUGACAUCCUCAUACAUUGGCCCCUUGAAGGAGGGCCAUGGACCACUUGAGAAGGGAAAGUACAUGAGAAUGUUUGAACAGCGGUUGAGGAUGUUUAAUCCGUAGUUUAGUGUUCAAGUUGGGCGGUAGACCCAACCCUGCCACAACCCGUUUCCAUGCACGCAAGCUUGCCUGGGGCGAGG